GUCGCUGUGUGUGUGAAUGUGUGUGUGAUUCCAGCGCCCUCUCUGCGUACGACAGGUGGAGAUGACAUGACUGCGCUUGAGAGGAAGAAAGGGAAGGACCUACGCGGUCAGCAAGUGUUUUUGCGUCCUGAGGAGAGUUCAGCUCCAGCUCUGACUACAAGGCAGACCACCACGUUGUCCGAACAACUCCAGGAUGCUUUGCUGCGGCUGGCGGCAGUUGUUGACACGCGCUCGCUGCGAGUGGCCCUUCGAGACAGCGUACAGGAGCUGCUACCCAGCACGGAGUGUGUAUGUGUCUACAUGCUGGAGGGAGACUCGAGGCUGCUAUCUGACGACCCACCGCAUGAACUGCAACUGGAGGGAAAGAUCAGGAGUAUCGUGGACCAGCUGAAGCGAUGUCAGUGUGCCGGCCUUCCUCCAUCUGAACUGCCAGAAAAAUACAGAAUCUGCCUCGCAGCACCAUUAGCAGCACACAGAAGAGCUGUUGUCAUUCCUAUCUUGGACCAGGAACAGGAUAAGGCUGUCGCUGUCUUACUGGUGGGCUGUAAUCCAUUAUCUGAUCAGGAUGAACUGCAUCUGAAAUUGCUGGAAAAACAUGCCUCGGUGGCGUGUGUGCGAGUCCAGGCUGUUCAGACGUCCUACCAGAGGCCUCCCCUCAGCCCCUCACCCAUACAGUCCCACAAUGCACUGCUGCACCUCAAUGUGUCAGAACAGGACUACUGCGAGCUGGACCGCAACAUCCUGCAACUCUGCGGUGAGCUCUAUGACCUUGAUGCAGCCUCUCUCCAGCUCAAAGUCAUCAAUUAUCUGCAGCAGCAGACUCGGUCGCAGUGUUGUUGUCUGCUGCUGGUGUCCGAGGACAACCACCAGCUAUUUUGCCAGGUUGUUGGUGACAAAGUCCUGGAAGAGGAAAUCAGCUUCCCGCUGAUGUUUGGACGUUUCGGUCAGGUCGUCGAGAAGAAGAAGUCAAUUACUCUUCAGGACAUCAGUGCUGAGGAGCGUAGGCAGCUGUCCAGUAUGUUAGGCUGUGAGAUCUCCUCCAUGCUCUGUGUCCCUGUGGUCAGCAGGGCCACUGGUCAGGUGGUGGCUCUAGCAUGCGCCUUCAACAAGCAGGGUGGCCAGAGACACACAGAGGCAGAUGAGCAUGCCAUCCAGCACUGUUUCUGCUACACUUCAACAGUCCUCACUUCAACUUUGGCCUUCCAGAAAGAACAGAAACUCAAAGUGGAGUGCCAGGCACUCUUGCAAGUGGCCAAGAAUCUCUUCACACACUUGGAUGACGUGUCAGUACUGUUACAGGAAAUUAUAGUGGAGGCCAGGAACCUCAGUGAUGCAGAGAUCUGUUCAGUGUUCCUGCUGGAUCGUGUCAGUCAUGAGCUGGUGGCGAAGGUGUUUGACGGGGGCGUGGUUAGUGAUGAAGAGAAUGAGUUUCGUAUCCCAGCAGAUCAGGGUAUCGCAGGCCACGUGGCAACCACUGGUCAGAUCCUAAACAUUAAAGACGCCUACUCCCAUCCUCUCUUCUACCGAGGCGUGGACGACAGCACCGGCUUCAAGACUCGCAACAUCCUCUGUUUCCCCAUCAAAGACGAAAACAAUGAGGUGAUCGGGGUGGCUGAGUUGGUGAAUAAAAUGAAUGGGCCGUGGUUCAACCGUUUCGAUGAGGAUCUGGCCACAGCUUUCUCCAUCUACUGUGGUAUCAGCAUUGCCCAUUCUCUGCUCUACAAGAGGGUCCAUGAAGCUCAGUUCAGGUCCCACCUGGCCAAUGAAAUGAUGAUGUACCACAUGAAGGUUUCAGAGGAAGAGGUGACUAAGCUGCUGGUGACGGGGAUUGAUCCAGUGAAGGAGAUCCACCCCUGCUUCGCCGAGUUCACAUACACCCCUCGCUCCCUUCUGGAUGACACCACGCCCAUGUGCGUCCUCAGCAUGUUUGAAGAUAUGGGUUUCAUCAACACAUACAAGAUUGACCUGCACACGCUCGCCAGGUUCUGCCUGAUGGUGAAGAAAGGCUACAGAGACCCUCCCUACCACAACUGGAUGCACGCCUUCUCCGUCUCACACUUCUGCUACCUGCUCUACAAAAACCUAGGGCUGUCCAACUACCUCGAGGAUAUAGAGAUUUUAGCUCUCUUUGUCUCCUGUAUGUGCCAUGACCUGGACCACCGUGGCACUAACAAUUCUUUCCAAGUUGCCUCGCAAUCUGUGUUGGCUGCUCUCUACAGCUCCGAGGGAUCUGUGAUGGAGAGACAUCACUUCGCCCAGGCCAUUGCCAUUCUGAACACUCAUGGCUGCAACAUCUUUGAGAAGUUCUCCAGGAAGGACUACCAGCGCAUGCUGGAUUUGAUGAGAGACAUCAUUCUGGCGACAGACCUGGCUCACCACCUUCGCAUUUUCAAGGACUUACAGAAGAUGGCUGAUGACGGAUACAAUCCAAAAAGCCGAACCCACCGCUCCAUGCUGCUGUGCCUGUUGAUGACGUCGUGUGACCUGUCAGACCAAACCAAGGGCUGGAAAACUACACGCAAGAUUGCUGAGCUGAUUUAUAAAGAGUUCUUCUCUCAAGGAGAUCUGGAAAAAGCCAUGGGGAACAGGCCCAGUGAGAUGAUGGACAGAGAAAAAGCAUACAUCCCAGAACUACAGAUAAGCUUCAUGGAACAUAUCGCCAUGCCCAUCUACAAGCUGCUAUCUGAACUGUUUCCUGGGGCCACUGAGCUGUACGAGAGAGUGGCGGCAAAUCGGGAGCAGUGGACCAAAGUGUCCCACAAGUUCACCAUCCGUGGGUUGCCUAGCAACAACAGCCUAGACUUCCUGGACCAGGAAUAUGAGCUGCUGCAGUCCCAGGGUGCAUUUGGGAGCGACGACCACUGCCUCAACGGUUGCCUUGACGAUGCAGAGGGAGGGAGGGGUCAGUGACGACAGCGGGCUGCCGAUGAUUUCCUGAAAUUUUCUGUGGUCCAAUAAGAGGCCGAGGAUUCCUUUUUAGCGACCUAAGAGGGAGGGGUCUCGCUACUGUCAAUCACUUAGAUGCUUAGCAAGCCAUGCAGAAUGGACAGGACAAAGUUUCAAACCAGUUGAAUCAGACAAGUGAUUUGAAACAAGUGGAUCCAUCUGAGCUGGUUCAGUGAUUAGAUGCUACUUGUUGCUUGUGUCUCCAGUUCAGGAAAGCAGAGGGUGGUGACUUUAUAUUUUUUCAGCAGCUCUACUGGAAAAAUAAGUUUUUACCACAAGUUAAUUCAUACAGUACUGAUCCUGAUUAAGAUUGUAAAAACACACACACACUGACACACGUAUGUACAUGCACAUAACAUUUAGACACACAAGACAGAGAAAAAACAAGUCAUUGUUAUGGAAAAAGACUACUUCAACAUGUAACAGUGAGAUAAAGUGCUAUACUUUCUGUAAAAUGUUUCAUAAUAGCUUAUAUUGAUUUAAAUGGCUCAGCUUUGUUCACACAAAAGCAGCUGCCAUACUGUAGUCCCUCACCUGAUGCUUAUGAAUGCAUGCUGUAUGGACACCUCAUGUAUUAUUCCUUUUAUCUGGGUCAGUGUUGAUUUCUCCAUGGCUAAGAAAUUAAUGCAGUCCAUUUUUAUACCACCAGAACAGAUUUUUCUAUUCAGCUCUUCGAAGUAUAUUUAAUUAAUUCAUGAUCAUGAAGUUGCACAAGGGAGAUUUGUUCAUUUGCUUUGACAUUUUAACCCUCAUGUGUACUGAGUCACUUUUCCUCAUUUUUUUGGGUUGCUUAAGGGACAAUUUGACAAUCACUGAUCAUUCACAGAGUCUCAGAUCCCCUGCCAUGACACCUCACUCCACACAUAAAACAUUGAAAACACAUGCCCUGUGCAUAUUAUUUGGAUGCCACUGCAUCAGGUAUGCAUUUACACCUCAAAACAAAAGACACCUAAUUUUAAACCCACCCUCAUUUUUCUCAGCAUCAUGUGCACUCCCAUGCACCUUUUAGACUUUGUUUUAUUUUUUUAGUUUACGGAUCUCCUCAUUAAACCACUUUAGAUAGAGAGCAACCGAAGCCCUUUAAAAGAUCCAUCUCAUCUGUUAGUGUAAAUGUGCCAGAGUAGAGUGUGUUAUAUGGAGUGUGUCAUUGGGUGUGUCAUAUGGAUCUGCCUUAUUGCGCAUCUUUGCUGCCUUUCUUAGAGCUUUUAAUAUAUGAAAAUUGAAAUAAAGCGUCUGUUUAGUAUGUAUGUUGUAUAUUUGUUAUAGACAUAGUUUGAGUAUCAAUGUGUUGACUGAAUGAUCACCAUGCUCAGAAGAUGUAUAUUUGUGAAAUACCUGUGUGAAGACCUCAGAUGUCAUGCCAUUUCACUUCUUUCUAUUCUAAGUUAUGAAUACAGCGACCAAUGGACAUAUGGCAGACACAACAGCAUUUUUUCAGUUGUCAGUGCACCCACAAAUUGUUCUCAAGAAGGGACUAGAGAUGUGGCCGUCACAGAAAUGACUCUUUCCUGAACACAUCAACAGUUCACAAUUGCUGCACUCCAAAGGAAAUGUUUGGAAACUUAGAGUUAAAGCUCUCAGAUUGUGCCUCGUAGGAAACCUGACAUGUUGGGGCUCUUGGGUUUUGUGUUACAAUAUGCCAUAUUCAGUUUUAAUAUUGUACAAUGUUCCAGAUAGGAAAUGCUGCAGAGCUAGGGUAAGAUAACCACAGGAAAAGUUACACAAAGAGAAACUUCUGUAAUGAACACUACUGUAUGUAGGCAGUGUGCGGAGGGGUGAGAGUUGGUGAGCGAAUGAGUGGAUGGACGUGUGGGUGAGUCGAUGAGAGAGAGUGAGAGGGAGAGAGAGAGGACUGGAGGUAGUUGGUUGAAGAUCAAGAGAGAAAUGUUUGGUCGAAACGAACAUUUCUCUUUUUCUUUACCGAGCUGCUGUUGACAGAGAUGAAACAGACACAAACUUCAAGUGAUCUGCUAGAAUUUCUUAAAAUAGCUCCCCUUUAUGCAGCACUGAUAAUGCUAGUGAAGGUAGAUGAAAGGAAAAAUAUUGCAAUCAUAGGAUUUAAAUAUAUAAUUUUUCUUUGAACGGGUCUCAUGAGGGUGCAUUAAGGAGGAAGGUUAAUUGGUUAGCAAAGUGGUUUGAUGUAUAUGUUAUACCUACACUGGGAAAUGUAUUGGCACGAUUGGCUGAAAUUGUUUGAUCUGCCUUGGUUUGGUACAUGGAGUGAAUAUUUUUUACCAUAAAGUUUUUAAAGGGCAUAAAGAUGUGUUUGUGGAAAAGCCUCUUUCUCUCUCUCUUUCUUUUCCUCUCACAUGUGGUUUUCCCAUUUCUGUUAUUUUUAAACCACUUACAUACAUACCUGCCUUUUUCACGUGCAAUAUGAAGUGUCUGCCUCUGUGAUGUUGCAUAGAUUCCUAUGUAAAUACCUAUGCCUCUUGUUAAAUUAUUACUUUAGGUCUGGGUUCCCAAAGGCGUUUAAUAGUUAGUUCAUGAUGUUUCCAUUAAAAAGAAAAAUUUAAAAAAAAAAGUCAACUGACUGCUUGUUUCUCUCAAUUCUUUUGAGAGUCCAGACUUAGGUCAGUUUUCUAUACAGAGUGUGUAUCUGUCCCUUCAUGUUUGUUUUUAAAAGUCAGGGCUAAAUGUGCCAAGCAAACAUUUUCUACUUCCUGGCCAAGCUGCGAACUGAAAAAUGGAAAAAUAUAAUAUUUUUUGUUCUCUGAUGUUGGCGUGUUGAUGAGGGCUGUCUUCAUAUAAAACUUUUCUGUUACAUCAUGACCAGGUUGGAAAUUGCGGCUCAUCCAGGAAGUAUGAACCCAGUCUAUUUCCCAUCAUCACAGAGCAGCAGGACUCAAACCUGUGAUGUAGUGUCAUUGUAAUGAUCACCUGUGACAUAAUUGUUAAAAGUGGCAAAAAUAUAAUUGCUGUAAAUAUCAAAGUUUUAAAAGAAAAUGUUACUUGAUUGUCUGUCAUUAUUACAAUGGGAAGUAUUUCAAUUCUGUAAUGUAUUUAAAGUGGUUGCAUCCUGUUCUCUUUUUUUUUCAUGCCAUUUUUGAACAACCCCGAACUUAGACGUUUAGACAGAGGGGAUGAAAGAAAACUAUAUGUGCGUUUAGGAUAUACAUAUGAUAUUCUACCACGAAGAAGAACCCAAACUAAUCUGAAAUGUAUAAAUAAUGCUUAUAUUGAGGACUAAAUCAAGUCAUCUGUUGAUUAUUUGUUUUGUUGAGUUCUGAGUGCUGGUGGUCUUGUUCUUCUUCAGAUGUAAUGAAUAAGGACAUUUUUGACAAGAAGACAAAUGGGUGAAAUUUUGAUUUUUUUUUUCUUUCUUGGAAUAAAUCUGGU